AUGGUGCCUCAUGUGAUCUCUAUGACAGAGAAAUUACAGGUUUAUGUAUUGGAGCAAAAACAUUAUCAACUCUUACUUGAUUUGCUGCUCCCUGAUAUUGCCUAUCAGUGUUUUGCAUUCCUUGCAUUUGUCAUGUCGUGCAUGAUCAAUGAAGGCACAUAUUCUAUCACAGAGGCUACAAGAGUUUCUGACACUGCCCAAGGGUACACUGAUACUCCUGGAAUAUGGACAAAGGAGCAAGUGGAAGCCUGGAAACCAAUUGUAAAUGCAGUGCAUGACAAAGAAGGAAUCUUCUUUUGCCAAGUUUGGCAUGUAGGCAGAGUUUCCAACACAGGUUUUCAGCCCAAUGGCCAGGAUCUUAUCUCCUGCACGGACAAGCCAUUAACACCUCAAAUUCGUUCCAAUGGCCUAGAUGUUGCAGAAUUUACCCCACCACGUCGCCUGACAACAGAUGAAAUUCCUCACAUUGUUAACGAUUUUCGGCUUGCUGCUAGAAAUGCCAUUGAAGCUGGAUUUGAUGGGGUUGAGAUCCACGGAGCUCACGACUAUUUAAUCGACCAGUUUAUGAAAGACAAAGUCAAUGAUCGAACUGACCAAUAUGGAGGGUCUUUAGAGAACCGUUGUAGAUUUGCACUGGAAAUAGUUGAAGCUAUUGUAAAUGAGAUAGGAGCUGACAGAGUUGGAAUAAGGCUUUCUCCAUUUGCUGACUACAUGGAAUCAGGAGACUCAAACCCACGUACUUUGGGCCUUUACAUGGCUGAAUCCUUAAAUAAGUAUGACAUUGCAUACUGCCACAUCAUUGAGCCUAGAAUGAAAACAGUUGGGGUAAAAGUUGAAUGCCCUGAAAGCCUUGUACCUUUGAGGAAGGCAUUUAAAUGUACUUUUUUGGUAGCUGGUGGUUACGAUAGAGGAGAUGGAAACAACACUCUGCUUGAAGACCGAGCUGAUCUUGUCGUGUAUGGGCGUCUAUUCUUAGCCAAUCUCGAUUUACCAAAGCGAUUUGAGCUAGAUGCUCCUCUCAACAAGUAUAACAGGGAGACAUUCUACAUAUCUAAUCCUCUUGUUGGCUAUACUGACUAUCCAUUUCUAGAAACCACGGCAUGAUGCCAAGGGUUAAUAGAUACUUCUUGUCUCACAAAAGAAGUGAUCUAUUAAUAAAGAUCACUAACUUUUUCUGCAUUUGAAUUCUGUAUGUUUUCAUCAUUUUUAAUGAUAAAUAAAUCCACGCUAUACCGAUCAUUCAGAGUUA